AACGUGGCAACACUGAAUAUACCUACCAUGCCGAUUAUUUCUUCUUAAUUGACAGAUUUGUGGCUGAUGCAAUAAUUUUUAUCAAUUUUCCCAAUAUUUUUCUAUUAAAUCCCUAAAGGAGAUUCUGAGAUUCGACCUUAUUCUUCCAUAUUCAAGUGAGGAAAUGGCUGAAGACGAAGCGAUUUUUGAUCCUACUUUGAAAAAGAAAAAGAAGAAGAAGAAAACUUCGUUUGACAUCGAUGCUGCUCUAGCUGAAGGCAAUUCUGAAAAUGAUCCCUCUGUCAGCAAUCUUCCUGAAGCAGAAUCUAAAGCGGAUGAUGAUCAAGAUGACACAAAUCUGGAUGUUGAUCUUGACUUCACAAAAAAGAAAAAGAAGAAAAAGAAACCCUUCACGGCAGAUGACUUAGAUGCAGUAGUUCCUGAUAACAGAACAGAGAUUGUUUUAGAUGGCAAUGGUGAAGUGGAUGGGGCAGUAGACGAUACCUUUGAUGUAGAGUUGGACUUCAGCAAAAGUAAAAAGAAGAAAAAGACCAAGAAGAAAAAUUUAGAUGAGCUAAUAGCUGAAGCAGAGGAAAAAGAUGAUGAUCAGGAGAAUGUUGAUGAUAAUUCAACAAUAUGGGCCGGAUCUGACAGAGAUUACACCUACGAUGAAUUGUUGAAUCGUGCCUUUGAAAUUAUGAGGGAUAAGAACCCUGACAUGGCAGCAGGAAAGAAACAAAAGUUCAUGAUGAGACCACCACAAGUAGUCAAGAUUGGCGCCAAGAAGACUUCAUUUGCCAACUUUACAGAAAUUUGCAAAAUGUUGCAUCGUCAACCAAAACAUCUGUUGGACUUUUUGCUGGCUGAAUUGGGUACAAGUGGGUCUGUUGAUGGUAAUAACCAACUUAUUAUCAAAGGACGGUUCCAACAGAAACAGAUCGAAAACGUUUUAAGAAGAUAUAUUAAAGAAUAUGUUACGUGUCAUACAUGUAGAUCUCCUGAUACCAUCCUCCAAAAAGACACCAGAUUGUUCUUUUUACAAUGUGAAACGUGUGGAUCACGCUGUUCAGUAGCUAGCAUUAAAUCAGGUUUUCAGGCUGUCACUUCCAAGCGUGCGGCGAUUCGAGCCAAAACUGCAUAGGGUGCUCAAAUGCAAUAAAAUUAGACAGUUCGAAUGCUAUUAUAAGGCACUUUUAUAUGCUAUUCUUUCGAGUGCUGAUGAUUUGAUGUUGAAUGUCUGUUAUGAUUUGUACAAUAAAACUAGGUGAAUUGUUAAAUAAAACUGACAAGCCAAUAUCUAUAAUUUUAUAUUUUUGUUUUUUUCAUUAACAAAUAUAUUUUUUUCGCAAA